CUAACCACGUGAUUCUUGUCUGUUUCCAUGUUUUGUAGCAAAACAGUGCCGCGGACUUGUCCAUGCUGGUCUUGGAGUCGCUGGAGAAGGCGGACGUGGAGGUGGCCGAUGAGCUGCUGGAAAAUCUGGCUAAACUAUUUAGUCUGAUGGACCCGAACUCUCCGGAGCGAGUGGCCUUUGUGUCCAGGGCCCUGAAGUGGUCCAGCGGGGGCUCCGGGCGGCUGGGCCACCCCCGGCUGCACCAGCUGCUGGCCCUCACCCUGUGGAGAGAGCAGAACUACUGCGAGUCUCGGUACCACUUCCUGCACUCGGCCGACGGGGAGGGCUGCGCCAACAUGCUGGUGGAGUACUCCACGUCCCGCGGCUUCCGCAGCGAGGUGGACAUGUUCGUGGCCCAGGCCGUCCUGCAGCAACUGUUUUUUGCAGGACACGUGAUUAGCAGAUUGUUCCUCUGUUUAAAAAACAAAAGCAGCGCGUCCGUGGUGUUCACGACGUACACACAGAAGCACCCGUCCAUCGAGGACGGCCCUCCGUUCGUGCAGCCGCUGCUCAACUUCAUCUGGUUCCUGCUCUUGGCCCUGGACGGAGGGAAGCUGACCGUGUUCACGGUGCUGUGUGAGCAGUACCAGCCGUCGCUGCGGCGGGACCCCAUGUACAACGAGGUGAGGCCCGCGGGCGGCGGGAGCGGCGGGAGCAACCUUCUGAGCAGCCUCAUGGGCUCCUCGGAGCAGGAGGGCGAGGACAGCCAGGACGACAGCAGCCCCAUCGAGCUCGACUGA